CCAUAGAGAGGAAUGUAAGCAUCCCUUAAUCAAAUCAUAUAUCUCUCUUGCACUCUUUAUAUCUACCGUAGUCCCUCUUCUUCUUCUGUUAAGAAAAAUGUCAAACCCUCCUUACAUCAAUGCUGCAAUUCGUUCAUCAAGAGAUCAUGAAGUGUAUUUCUUCGCCAAGAACAAGUAUGUGCGGUUGCAUUACACUCCCGGAACAUAUGAUGACAAGAUUUUAACUAAUCUCCGUUUGAUUAGUGGUGCUUUUCCAAAACUUGCAGGAACGCCAUUUGCAGACCCUGGAAUGGACUGUGCCUUUGACACUGAAGCGACUCUAGCAUACGUGUUCUCCGGCAACAAGUGUGCCUACAUAGACUAUGCUCCAGGUACAACAAAUGACAAGAUACUCGCAGGUCCUACCACUAUUGCUCAAAUGUUUCCUGUCCUCAGAAACACGGUGUUUGCGGAGGGCAUAGACUCUGCAUUUAGAUCAACCAAAGGAAAAGAAGUUUACUUAUUCAAGGGCAAUAAGUAUGUUCGCAUAGCCUAUGAUUCGAAACAGCUUGUUGGCAGCAUUCGCAACAUCGCUGAUGGGUUUCCUAUUCUGAAUGGUACCAUCUUUGAAAGUGGAAUCGAUGCAUGUUUUGCUUCUCAUAAGGACUCUGAAGCUUACCUUUUCAAAGGAAACAAGUAUGUGCGUAUUCAUUUCACCCCAGGUAAAACUGAUGACACUCUUAUCGGUGAUGUCAGGCCUAUCCUUGAUGGUUGGCCCGUUCUUAGAGGCAUUUUGCCUGUUAGCUAAACAAGCCUUCACUCUCAUGCAUCAACCACCUUAGCCUCCUCACAAUCAAUAAGGCUUUUAUUUCCAACGUUUGUUUUCUUUCUCUUUAAUGUAACAUUAGGAUUGGAAGCAUGUUUCCUUUCUUAAUGUAAAGUCUGAAUGUUUGCCUUUCCUUUCCUGUACCUACUGCAUGUUUCUUUCCUAUCUUCAUGUAAUAUGUGCACUUAAUAGAAGUGGGUGGUUUUUAAUUUA